AUGAUAAAAGAGUUUCUCCUACCCGAAUUGCGACAAAGGAGGAAAUUGAAAUCUACAUGGUUUCAACAAGAUGGAGCCACAUGCCAUACUGCUAACGAGACGAUGACGUUGUUGCGAAAACAUUUUGGAAAUCGGAUAAUUUCGCACAACAGUGAAAUCAGCUGGCCACCGCGCUCGCCAGAUUUAGCGUGUUGCGAUUUUUUUCUUUGGGGUUUCCUGAAGUCCAAAGUGUACGUCAAUAAGCCUAGAGACUUGGAACACCUUCUAGCCAACAUUCAGCGUGAAAUUCGAGCAAUCACCCCAGCCACUUGCCAGAAAGUGAUCGCCAACUUCAAAAAACGAUUGGAAAACUGUGUCAAAAAUAGGGGUGGUCAUCUGAGCGACAUAAUUUUUAAAACUAAGUAG